AUGCUGGCGCGCGACGUCGUACUGUCGCUACGCAGCCCAAUCGGGGGAGUGAAGAGGCGGCGCCCGUUCCGAUGCACACCCGCGCCGCGCCGCUGUGGUCUCUCGUGUUCCUCGUCAUCGCUUCACUUGGAGGCCUCUUUAACGUACGGUGAACCCCAUGCGAUUGUCGCGGCGUUUCUUCAGUCCGCGCAACGUGAGAAGUGCGGUGCCCUGCAGCGAGUUCUUCGCUGCGACGUCUCGAGGGACGCGCUGCUCUGCGCGUGUGUCGGCAUGGUGACGCCGUCAGGCCUGUGGCCGCCCUUCGUAGCGGAGCGGCUGAAGCUGCCUCGCGAGGGGCGAGACACGGAGUUGACUGCGACCUCGUGGCGGGCAUUUGCUUUCGCUCUCGUCCGAUGCAUUCACGCCGCGCAGGGCCAUGGCCGUACCACCUCGGCACUUGCACCUCUGUGCGCAACAUGUUUAGCUCCAUCCCUGCAACUUGGGGAACGUCUUGCCGGACUGUUGUCUGCGUCUCUGGGGAAGUUGCCAACAAGUAUAACGACUAGCGCGGCCACUGCUGCCCUUACCGCUGCAGAUGUUGCUACUGCAUUUGCGACAUGCUGUUCUUUGAGUAAAGUGGAGACGGUGAGGAGCGAUGCAGCGUGGCUGCGGCUGUGGUCGGGGAUGCAGGCCAGACCGGGCAAUGCAUUGAACCCCGCGUGGGUUCGCUGCCAAGAACUGCAUCUUUCUUGUCUUUUCCGAGCCGGCCGGCGUGAGGAGAUUGAGGCGGUGCUUCAGAAGAGCACCGAAACUUUACUGAUGAUGCGUCGCAUGUCAGAUGCGACCCUCGCAGAGCUUUUUCUUAUGGAACCCUUAAGUCCUAUGAUGCGCAGCCAAAUACUUGCAGCCCUUCUAGAGGUGAGCCGCGUGAAGGGCGAGGCUGCAUCGGCCCUUUUUCACACGCUUUCGCCCUUUGAACGCGGCCGCAUGCUGCCUAGUGUUACUCGAAGCAGUAUCCUUUUUGCAAAAGCACUGCGUUGUCUUGUGCUGCAGGCCCGUGAUGAGCCCUCGGUGGCGAACUACACACGGGUGCUCCACGACAUCCAGGGUCUCUGCCAGGUGUCGAACUCCUACGCGCUCGCGGCCUCGCUGGUCCCCCACGACAGCCCACUUGCUUCGCUCAUGACGGCGUCACUGGACGAGCAACGUGCUCGUUUACUGGCCACUUUUGUGGGGGCGGUGGCUGAGGCGACAGAGUUGGCUUGUGACUUCGCUCGCCGCGCCGACAGCGGCAGCGGCAGCGGCACUCAUGAUGACUGCGUAGAGGCCACACUGCGGGGUUGCGUCAAGGUACUCACGGGGUUAUUGACACUUUGUUCAAGCCGCCGUGGCAAGCUUCCUCAGCGAAGGGCGGAGCCAGAGUGGAGGAAGCGGCUGCACCGUGAUGCCGCUGUUCGCUCGCAUAAGUACGAACUACUUUGCUGUGAGCUGCCACACGCCCUCCUUAGCCGGUGUCUUUCCAUGCUUCUCUGCAACGGCUUUGUGUGUUCUGGUGCUGACCUUGGCGGCUGCUUGGUCCCUGCGGACUUUGUCGACCUGCAUUUUUAUGCGCUUUCCCUUCUCGGUUCACUCUACCAGGCCGUUCGUGUGGCGCAGCAGCAACCCGACGUUUUGCCGAUGAUUCGUGCGUUGUAUCACCGCCGACGAGAGGUGUUUGGCGAGGACGUUUCUCUUCGGACACAGUACGAUCCUGGUGCAGCGUCAUCUGACUCCAGUCCUGUGCUGUGCGACGCGGCGGUGGUGCAGUACAGGGUAGGCGACGCCGCCGCCGAAACAACUCUAGGCUUCCUGCACGCCCGUUCGACCGUUGCUGCCGGCGGUCCCCUGGUCAUUGACAGCAGCUUUGGCGUGUGGCUGUGGAAGGCCUCCGCGAGGGUGGUUUGGUAUUAG